AUGCAAAGACCAUUUGAUUCCGAAGGAGAACUGGAUGGUAAAUAUUUGUUUGUACCGCAAAACGAGCGAAAUCCACACAAUGUAUUUACAUCGUACAAGACCGCGAUCAACACGACAGCAAAGCAGAUCAAAAAGGGAUUUUCAGAUAUCGAGACGAGCUUCUCGCAGUUUGAGACAAGAUCAAGCAAGAUCACGCGCGGAGCGGCCCAGAACGACCCGAAUGCAGAAGACGACAGGCUUCCGGAAAGCCCGGGGCUGCAAGAAAAAAAAGAAGAGAAGAACGGCCAGAGCAUAUUCUUCCGGGUGUUCACAAACGGAGUCUCGCAGACGCUGUUUGAGUUUAUCUGCAACAUAGAGCGGACGUUCACGCUGAACGACCACUCUUUCCUAACGGGCAUGUUCCUUGUGCUGAUGGCCGUGCUUUUUGAGCUGCUGGUAUACUGUGUGUUCACUCUGUACAUGCCCAUAAUGUAUGUGCUGGGAGCAAUAAUAGUGAUCAGAUACAGCAUCACCAGGACGGUUUCUGACUAUGUAAUAGUUAUGUGCAUCAUGGGCAUUCUGUCGAUUGUGAUGAUACUCGGCGCUUUCAAUGCAAUUUGGUACAUACUGUGCAUACUCUACAUAAUACUCACCAUUAAGUGGGUUGGCGAUGCCUCCAUGCACACAAGAUACUCUGACAUUGUGCUGCUUUCGGUUGUUGUGCUGUCCAGCAUUUCUCUGUCGCUGAUGAGCUACUGGGGCGACCGCAUGGUAAACAGCGUGUACUGGUAUGCGUAUAUGCAGGCGGCGCUAUACGUAUUUGUGCUGUUCAAUGCAGGUACUCUUAGAUACCUGUACAACUGGAUAAAGUAUGCUCUAGUCGGCAACAUAAACAGAAAAGAAGGGCAAACCAGCCGCAGAAACCACACCCAGGGAAAUAUCAUGAGGGAACAGUAUGAGGAGCAGCCCCCCAGGCCAGAGCCUGCCCAGAAGAGCGCGCGUCUUGCUUCUCUGUUUAAGUUUGGCACAUUCUGGAACUUAGUGAUAUUGUCGUACUCUUUCAUAACAGGAUUCAUCGUAUUUGUAGGCAUUUUGCACGCGCACCAGAGUGUGGCCGCAUACGCAAUGCGCACACAGAGAUACAAUGUCUCCAUGUGGUAA